AAGGAGUCUGGUUACUGUUGCUGCUGCCAUGCAAAUACCUAUCCUUGAUGAUGGUGGAUGUAAGUGGGUCCAAUUCUACCACGAAGUGAGGGGGAACCAUUGAAUGGAGCAUGUGGUGCAUGCCGUGCUGCACAGCCAGCAAAGCCCUUCCAGGAGCCCACAGCUGGCCGCCGCAAACCACCUCCUGUCUGGGAGCCUUCUUCCUCUGAGCCCCUCAGACCUAACCCCGGCAGGCUUUUAACUUCAUGAAGAUUCCUCACAUCGGUGAUGUAAUGAAUAAAUUUGAAGUCCUUGGGAUUGUGGGUGAAGGUGCCUAUGGCGUGGUCCUGAAGUGUAGACACAAGGAAACUAAUGAAAUUGUGGCCAUUAAGAAGUUCAAGGACAGUGAAGAGAAUGAGGAGGUUAAGGAGACCACCCUGCGCGAGCUCAAGAUGCUCCGCACCCUCAAGCAGGAGAACAUCGUGGAGCUGAAGGAGGCCUUCCGCCGGAGAGGGAAGCUCUACCUGGUCUUUGAGUACGUGGAGAAGAACAUGCUGGAGCUGCUGGAGGAGUUACCCAAUGGCGUGCCACUGGAAAAAGUGCGAAACUACAUCAACCAGCUAAUCAAAGCAAUUCACUGGUGCCAUAAGAAUGACAUUGUUCACAGGGAUAUCAAGCCAGAGAACCUGCUCAUCAGCGCUGAUGACGUGUUGAAGCUGUGUGAUUUUGGCUUUGCCCGCAAUCUCUCUGAAGGGAACGAUGCCAACUACACGGAGUACGUGGCGACGAGAUGGUACCGCUCUCCAGAGCUGCUGCUAGGCGCCCCCUACGGGAAGGCAGUGGACAUGUGGUCGGUGGGCUGCAUCCUGGGGGAGCUGAGUGACGGACAGCCUCUGUUCCCAGGAGAGAGUGAGAUCGACCAGCUCUUCACCAUCCAGAAGGUCCUGGGCCCUCUGCCCCCUGAGCAGAUGAAGCUGUUCUACAACAACCCUCGCUUCCACGGGCUGAGGUUUCCUGCCGUGAACCACCCGCAGACCCUGGAGAGGAGGUACCUGGGCAUCAUUAGUGGAGCGCUGCUCGACCUCAUGAAGAACCUGCUGCUGCUGAGUCCGACGGAGCGCUUCCUGACGGAGCAGAGUCUGAACCACCACGCCUUCCAGACCCAGCGCCUGGUGGAGCGCCCCGCCCCCUCCACGCCCACGCCCGCCCGCUCCUCCAAGAGGAAACCUCACCACGGGGACAACUUCGCCCCCAGCAGAAGCCACGGCGGGGGGAAGAGCUCGGGCCACCCGCGCUCCAGCAGCAGGGACUGCUCCAGCCUGCCCCGCCACGAGGACCUCCAGCCCGGCCCCGAGGGCUGCCUCAACGGCAACGUGCCGGCCAGCCUCAGCCCCACCCUGCACCCCAAGAACUACCCGCCGCAGCCCCUCAACCGCUCGGCCUCCUGCGGCAAAGACCUGGCCAACAACAACCUGCCGCACCUGCUCAGCCCCAAGGAGGCUCACGCUGCGGGGGCCGGGGGGGACUUUGACUUCAGCCCGGGGCCCAAGGGCGCCGACGGCCCCGGGGCCAAGUACCUCAAGUCCAACUCGCGGCCGCAGCAGAGCCGCCACACGUCGUUGGCGGAGGGCAAGAACAACACGCUGCAGUCCAGCGACAAGCACGGGCGCCACGGCUACCUGGACUCCUCCCACGGCCCCUCCUCCUCUUCCAAGAGCCCCGCCUACCUGAACCUGUCCAAGAGCCACGGCACGCUCAGCGACGCCAAGUCCGUGGGCAACCUGAGCGAGCCGCGGCUGCUGGGGGACGAGGCGCCGUCGCGCUACUUCCCCACCAGCUGCCUGGACCUCAACGCCCCGGGCAGCCCGGCGGCGCGCCACGCCGAGCGCCAGGGCCACAGCCCGGCAGGGCAGGGCGGCGGCACGCGCCCCGAGCGAGACAGCAACACCCUGGACUCCUCGUCCCGCCGCGCCUCCUCCCGCCACAAGGCCUCCGAGGAGGCGCCCGAGGAGGCGGGGGGAGGCGGGCACGCCCACGCCCUGGCCGCCCCCCACGACGCCCUGGCCUACGGCCUGGGCUACGCCUCGCCGUUCUCCUCGCAGCAGCGGCCGCACCGCCACUCCAUGUACGUGAGGCGGGACAGGCAGAGGACUCACGGGAACGAGGUGGGGCUGGCGGUGGGCCAGGGCAUGCCGGCCCGGACCAGCAGCCUGCAGAUGCUCUCCCCCCAGCUGCAGCACCGCACGCUGCCCCGCCACUCCGGGGGCUCCUCCCGGGAAGAGGACCUGAGCAGGAGCGAGCAGGGGCCCAAAGAGGGGAGCCACGGCCGGCCCCCAAUCAGAGACUCCACCCGGGACAACACGGCCUCCUUUCACAUACAGCGACAAAAGAGCGAGGUGGGCAUGUACCACGAGCAGCAUGGCGAGGACGGCGGCUCGUCGAAGGAGAACCGCAUCAUCUACAGCGAGUCUAUGCCCAGGAGGGUGGGCAGCUUCUACCGAGUGCCCUCUCCUCGGCCAGACAACUUCCACGAAGGCGGUGGGCAGAGCAGGGGCUUGGGGGCGGCGGGGGACGGGGGCACCAACCACUCCAAGCGCCAGCCGGCCUUUGACCCCUGGGCAGGACCCGAGACUGUGGUGAUGAACCCUGUCGAGCCCUCCAAGGAGAAGGAGAAGCAGGGCUUCUUCAGAGGAAUAAAGAAGAAAAAGAAGAAGUCCCAAACGACGGCGCUCCCGGAUGGACGGACGCCCGUCAUCAAGACUUGUCUAUUCCCUCUGUUUAACUCAAAGCCUAGCGUAAAGCGUAGCGCCUGUGUGAAGCUGCUCCCCGUAGUGUCUUCCCCCAUGGUCCCCAGUGAGGGAGUAGAUCACAUGGUCGUACAGAAGUCGUCCAGGUCCUCUGGCCAUAGCAGCCGCCACAAGAACCGGGACAAGAGCCGCGAUCACGAUAAGAGCCACGAUCGGGAAAAGAGCCGCGAUCGCGAUAAAAGUCGGGAUCGCGAUAAAAGUCGGGAUCGGGACAAGAGCCGCGAUCGGGACAAGAGCCGCGAUCGGGACAAGAGCCGCGAUCGGGACAAGAGCCGCGACAGAGACCAGGAGCGGGAGAGAGAUCGGGAUGACUGGCUUCCAGAAAAACUAACAGAUUCUCAUUCUCAGAGCCAGCCCCUCAAGUCUCUGCGCAAGCUCCUGCACCUCUCCUCCUCGUCCUCCAACCAGACCACCCCGUCUGACAUGCGCUUCCAGCCUCUCCCCAACCCGGCCUCUGCUAAAGGUGGCUUCAGCGAUGGCCGGGGCCACCCGGGACUCAGCACCCCCCAGCUGAAGAGCCGGCAGGCGGCCUACCCCCUGCCAGGACAGCUGGAGUCCAGCUGGCAUGCGUCUGCCCUGAGCCGGGCGGAGGGGAACCCCUACCCAGAACAAAUGGGUGGGAAGGGAGGGCAAAACGGGCACGGCUUCGGACGAGCCUCCCGCUCGCGGAUGCCAAACCUCAAUGACCUGAAAGAGACUGCACUGUAGUGCUUCACCCUAACCCACCCACUCAUCCCUCAACCACGCCCCACUUUCUGCCCCUGGCAGACCCCUACUGCCACACCUUACACUCCCCCACAAGCCUCAGUGUAGGACACGUCUUGCAUUUAUUUUUUUAAUUUGAUUUAUUUUCGUUCUUUUCAAAGCUUCCAUGUUUGAUAGAAUUUGUAAUAUUAUGUAUGGUAAUGCUGAAUAUAAUUUUUUGUUAUAAAUUACAAAUAUAUAAAUGAAUAAUAUAUAUAUAUGGCUAUUUAAGAUGUAAGAGUUCCGGCUAUUUAAAUGUAAGAGUUUUAGUUUAUACUCAAUAAGUAUAUAUUACAUGGUAUCGCGUAGUAUUUACAUACAUUUCCUUAAGAUUAUCUAAAGUUGUCUGACUGAUUAAGUUAAGAGUUUAUUCAUUGUUGGUCUGUCGUGUCUUAUUACUUUUUACUGUGUUUUCAAUACCUGUUGUUGUAUGAUCUGGGCCAUCUGCCUCCAGUUGGCCCAAGUCACACUGGUUAGAGAUGUCAACAUGUAGCUCACUUGAUCAUUGUCACCAUUUUUUAAAUCAGUUCUCUUUUAAAUCCAUUGCUUUAUGUGAGUUGACAAUCAAAACUUGUGUUUUGCAUGUGCUUUAAAAGAAGAAUGCAAUACCGGCGGAAGAACUUGAUAUUUGAUAGAAUCUCCAACGUCGCCCCCUGCAGGAUAUAAGAAAGAACUGCACGUAAUAAAAUACACCAGAACUUGACACGGGAAGUAUAGUAAGGAUAGUAUGGAGCUUUGUAAUAACGAUAUUCAAAUACAAUUUAGCAUUUAACUUUGUUAUAUUCAGGUUAAGUACAUUAUGCACAAGGCAUUGUGAUCUAUUCCAGUAAACUGUCUUUUGAAGUUUUCUGAAGUAAAAUUAUAAUCAUCAUAACCUGCAGGUUAAAAGCCUCUCCACUCCAGCUUUGAAUAUCACCAGGAGCGCAUUGUUGUCUGUAAAAUGCUGUUGUCAUGGUUGCACUACCACAAUAAUACUAACUUAAGUUGAAACUGCGAGGUUAUGACUUUAACAAUAGCUAUUGUAAAAUACAUUGAGAGAAAAGCGUAUACUAGGUUUAAUGUCGUAUGGUUGAGCUAAGACUACAUUUAGACUAUUGGUACUAAAAUGCAUAGGAGCAAAUUGUGAAUAUCUUUCAAACAAGUUAAUAAUGAAAGUAAGAGUCUUCAUUAGGAAAAACGGUUCUCUAGACUUCCUUAUUCUAUUGUCAGCACAUGUUAUUCAACCAAACUUAAGUUUAUAAGGUAGUUAAUUUUUUAUGUAAAACUAUAUAAGAAUUUUUAAUAAUUCAAUAAUUUCAUUUGUGGCCGAGGACAGAUCUUGGCUUGUGCUGUGCUGGGUACGACAGCUUAGAGUAAACUACCACCUGUAGCUCAUAGCUCUUAGAGUGAGGUGGUACAGCACAGAUCAAUCCUCUUCCUACACGUCUCAUGUUGCAGGACAUCUUAAGAUUCCAUUACUUGUUUUCAUGUGGUUUUCCGAGGGAGAAACGCCAUGCUAGGUAGUCUGGCUGAACUUGAACGUUGCACUUUAAACAGGUCUGUGGUGGUCAGAAACGAGAAAGAACCCUUACUCAGUUUCCUUUUCCCUACUGUAUGUCGUUAUUUCCCAGUCAAAGUCAAAGCCCAGAGUCAGAGCACAAGUGACUGACUUGUGUAUCGUAGUGUGUUGUGUCUAUCCCAGGUAAGGACUGUAAAACACUUUCUACUCCACACAACACUGUACUUAUUUUUGUUUUCUUUUGAUGCUUAGUUGUCGUUGUUGAGACAAGAACACAGUGUAUUAUAUUAAUACCAAUGUCUGAUUAUUUUUUGGUGAUAUUUAUUACUGAAAACGUUAAUUCACUGUAUGAAACAAAGUCCUAUGUUUGUGCUUUUAUUACAGACAUGAAUUGGUAGCAUAGUUAACGUUAUAUCAGCUUUUGUUCCUAAAAGGGAUUCCACGGGAACAGCACCACCAGGAAGACUCCUAUAGAAUAGUCAUGUUUACAUUGUUUACAGUCAAUAACAUGUCAAAUAAAACAAAUCCAACUGUCA